CUCUUAAAUUGAAUAGGUCCCACCAUAAAGAAUUUAAGGCUAGGAAAAAACCAAGCGCAAACAGUGCAAGCAAACAAUUUUGUAAAACAGAUCAGCAUCUUCAGAAAACAAUGAAUAAAAUGUCUCCUCUAGGGGUAAAAUGAAAAUAGAGCUUUUAACACCAUUAUUCCCAUUUGGGUUAUUAUUUCUUUCUUUUGCUUUGUUUCCACAUCUUAAUGACAAUAGCUUGAAGGAUGUUAAACAUUGAAACAAUUUAAUAGGUCCUGUGAAUCCCAGCUUACCACAUGAGUCUGUGAAUUCCAUUAAGCAAUCAAUCACUGUUGACUCUUUCUGUUAUUCUUCUUUUGGAAAGGAAGAGGAGUGAAACCUGAAACCGUUAUUUCCAAUAGCCCUCCCAUUUCUCUGUUUGCUCCCACGUUUGUUCCCCUUUUCCUGGAGCCACUCUACUUUCCCAGCUGGGCUCCAAACAGCCCAACAUUGCCACCCUACCUGCCCAAGCUGUUCCACAUCUUAUCCCAAGAGAUACCACUGUGGUACUUAAUGCCUUCUGUUUCUGCUUCUGAAGAAUUUAAAUCUCAUACCCAAGUAUGGAAAUGCAGAAGAUCUCAAAUUGCAUUCACAAUGAUGAUGCUGUGGAGACAGGAACCCCACCAGAGGGAGAAACGUUCCUGCAGCACAAAGAUGAUGGUUUAAAUAGACCCCAAUUCACAGACUUUGAAGGGAAAACCUCCUUUGGGAUGUCUGUUUUCAACCUGAGCAAUGCCAUCAUGGGCAGUGGCAUCCUUGGUCUGGCAUAUGCUAUGUCAAAUACUGGCAUGGUCCUUUUCCUGAUCCUGCUUACAUGUAUUGCCUGUUUGUCUUGUUAUUCAAUCCACCUGCUGCUUUGCAGUGCUGGGGUGGUCGGGAUCCGUGCUUAUGAGCAACUAGGUCAAAGAGCUUUUGGUCAUCCAGGAAAGAUCUUAGCUGCUGUCAUCAUAACACUCCACAAUAUUGGAGCCAUGUCCAGCUACCUGUUCAUUGUAAAAUAUGAGUUACCAUUGGUUAUCCAAGCAUUUCUAGGACAGACAUCCAUCACUGAGAACUGGUUUAUGAAUGGAAAUUACCUGAUUAUUAUUGUUACCAUUUGCAUUAUUCUCCCACUGGCCACGAUGAAACAUCUGGGAUAUCUUGGCUAUACAAGUGGCCUUUCUCUGUCCUGCAUGGUCUUCUUCCUCUGUGCGGUCAUCUACAAGAAGUUUAACAUUGCUUGCCCUCUGGAGACAGUCUAUUCGAACUAUUCUGCGAAUGCACCUAUCUCAGAUGACAUCUGCUUUGCCAAAUUCUUCACCAUCAACCACGAGACGGCAUACACCAUCCCCAUCCUGGCAUUUGCCUUUGUAUGUCACCCUGAAGUGCUUCCUAUCUACACAGAACUGAGCAACCCAACCAAGAGAAGAAUGCAGACUAUUGGCAAUGUUUCCAUCUUGGGAAUGUUCAUCAUGUACUUCUUCACUGCAAUAUUUGGCUACCUGACUUUCUAUGGAUACACUGAAGCCGAGCUCCUCCACACCUACAGCAAGGUUGAUCCUCUGGACACUUUGAUCUUAUGUGUGCGGCUGGCUGUGCUGGUGGCUGUCACUCUGACUGUACCCGUGGUCUUGUUCCCUAUUCGUCGAGCGAUCAUGCAGCUGCUGUUCCCAGAAAAACCCUUCCAUUGGUUACGUCACAUCACCAUUGCUGUGUGCCUGCUGUUUGUCGUGAACCUGCUGGUCAUCUUUGUUCCUAACAUUCGAGACAUUUUUGGUAUUACAGGGGCAACCACAGCUCCCACUCUAAUCUUCAUCCUUCCUGGGCUCUUCUACAUUCGAAUCAUUCCUAAAAACCAGGAGCCCAUGAGCUCUAGACCAAAGAUCCAGGCUGCUUGUUUCACCACUUUGGGUUUUAUCUUCAUGAUCAUGAGUCUGACCUUCAUCGGGCUUGAUUGGAUGAGUGGAGAAAAUUGAAGUCUCGGUGGACAUUAAUGUGCACCCUCUUUAACCUUUAACCAAAAGCAGCCAACUGCUGUGUCCCCUUCUAAAGGACUCUAAAAGAAAACCUCAUUUUUGAUGCAAUGAUGAGAACUUUUGUGAGAGUGACUUAAUUUUAAGGAUUAGCUGUUCUUCCACUGUGACAAGAAUCCAGUUUCAAUCCUGGGCCUUGGCUAAUGUUCACCAAACCUUUAAUAUAACACAAAGUAUUCAUUAUUUUGGGGGCCCUCAACAGCAGAAAGAUAUGUGUUUUUCCUGGGACUAAAUGGUUAAUGUGACAACAAUUUGGGGAGUCAAUGACUCCCCAAUUUUUAAAUUAAAACUUGGUAAAUCUAUGACAAGAAAAACAAAGAAUAAUCAUCUUUUUUCUGAUAACUAAAGUUUCAUGGAGAAUAUUGGCUUAUUUACAAAUUAAGAAUGGUCUUAAAAUCAGUCCAACCUAGUGUGCAUUACACUUAUCUAACAGCGGGACAAUCUUUGGUCCUUUCAUUUGCUCUUGUUUGCGUUCAAAGAAAUUAAUGCAUUUGUUUUGUAAUUCUGUAGAUGAGGACAUGAAACACUAGAGGGAAACUUUCUAUGAGCCAAAAGUUAAAAACAUUUGGGCAACUGUGAAUGUGUUAAUUUGGUUUAAUUUGUUUGUGAAUAUUUAAUAAAAUUUAUAAAAGAA